AUGACCGGCAAACUCGCCGAGAAGCUGCCGGUGACCAUGAGCAGUUUGCUAAACCAACUGCCUGACAAUCUGUACCCCGAGGAGAUUCCCAGCUCUCUCAACCUCUUCUCCGGCAGCAGCGACGCGGUUGCUCAUUACAACCAGAUGGCUACAGAGAAUGUGAUGGACAUCGGUCUGGCGAACGAGAAGCCCAACCAGGAACUCUCUUACUCCGGCUCCUUCCAGCCCGCUCCGGGCAACAAGACGGUGACCUACUUGGGGAAGUUCGCCUUCGACUCCCCCUCCAACUGGUGUCAGGACAACAUCAUCAGCCUCAUGAGCGCCGGCAUCCUAGGGGUGCCCCCGGCCUCCGGGGCGCUCAGUACACAGACCUCUACCGCCAGCAUGGUGCAGCCGCAGGGCGAGGUGGAACCCAUGUACCCGGCGUUGCCCCCUUACUCCAACUGCAGCGACCUCUAUUCUGAGCCCGUGUCUUUCCAUGACCCUCAGGGCAACCCCGGGCUCGCCUAUUCUCCCCAGGAUUACCAGUCGGCCAAGCCCGGUUUGGACAGUAACCUCUUCCCCAUGAUCCCCGACUACAACCUGUACCAUCACCCCAAUGAGAUGGGAUCCGUCACGGAGCACAAGCCCUUCCAGAGCAUGGAUCCCAUCCGGGUCAACCCGCCCCCCAUCACCCCCCUGGAGACCAUCAAGGCUUUCAAGGACAAACAGAUCCACCCCGGCUUCGGCAGCUUGCCCCAGCCGCCGCUCACUCUCAAGCCCAUCCGGCCCCGCAAGUACCCCAACCGACCCAGCAAGACCCCGCUCCACGAACGACCCCACGCGUGUCCGGCCGAGGGCUGCGACCGGCGCUUCAGCCGCUCAGACGAGCUGACCCGGCACCUGCGUAUCCACACCGGCCACAAGCCCUUCCAGUGUCGGAUCUGCAUGCGCAGUUUCAGCCGCAGCGACCACCUCACCACCCACAUCCGCACUCACACGGGCGAGAAGCCCUUCGCCUGCGAGUUCUGCGGGCGCAAGUUCGCGCGCAGCGACGAGCGCAAGCGCCACGCCAAAAUCCACCUCAAACAGAAGGAGAAGAAGGCAGAGAAGGGGGGAACGGCCUCUGCCUCCUCGGCGCCCCCCGUAUCUCUGGCUCCCGUCGUCACCACCUGCGCCUGA